CUUGGUUGUUUGACCAAACUGGCGACUUAGGCCUAUUUCCUACCGCCCCACGGAUCGCCCCCACGGGACACAAUUAUUCUUCGUCGUUUGUAAUGAUUCUAGCGCAAACUAUCGUUUUUUAGUUUUUCUUCCGGUUUGAGCAAACAAACCGCCCGGUUCAGUCGGUUUUGGCCGGCCCGUUUUGCAAAACGGUCUGAUUAGCUUACACAACCAUCAACGUUGUCGAUCUCGGUUUUUCCCGGUCUGGUCUUUAAAACUAUGUUCGGGAGCUAGGGUGUUUCAGAACAUGUCAUUAGUUUCCUCUUCCUGCCAAAAAAAAAAGAAACAAGUUAAUGUUUGAAAGCAGAACAUUCGAAGCACAAGAUCUCAAACAGGCAAAACAAGUUAUUAUCAAAAACACUCUUAUAUCAUGGAACGGAGGGAGCAGUAACUAAGACGGCUCAACAGAAGGAUCAAAUGAGUGGCCGAUUGGUGGGUCCAUACUCAUGGGCCGCCCGUUAGCAACCUGUGUCGGAAUUCGGCCCAACCAAAGAACCAAACCCUAGGGCCACCACACAGCCCAGCCGAGCACUAUAUAAGGAACAGCCGACGACGGCCGACCAUUUUGCUUCCACACUCCUCUUUCUACUGUAGCUCACCACUCCGUCCAAAGCCGCAGCCAGAUCCACAACCUCUCGCCGGCCGGCGCCGCCGGCGGCCAUGGCCGAGCAGGCACGGUUCUUCAACAUGGACCCAGCGACGGCGGCCGACGCACGGCGCAAGGGCUGCGACCCGCACACGCUGGACCAAGCCGCGGAGAGCAUGCUGUGCUACAUCUACGCCAACCUCCCCAGCCUCCCCGUCUACGAGGGCACGCGGCUCGCCGCCCUCGCCUCCUCCGCCUCCCCCGACGGCGUCGACCGCAUCAGCCGCCUCCCGCCCGAGCUCCUCAGCAACAUCGUCUCCCGCCUCCCGUCCGUCAAGGACGCCGCGCGCACCGCCGUCCUCUCCUCCCACUGGCGCCGGGUCUGGCUUUCCACGCCCCUCGUGCUGGCCGACGCCCACCUCCACCCCGAAGCCUGCGGCUGGCCGCCCACGCCCGCCACCUCGCCGGCCGUCACCGCCGCCGUCUCCCGCAUCCUCGACGCGCACCCGGGGCCCUUCCGCUGCGUCCACCUCGUCUGCAGCCACAUGAGCGCGCACGGUGCCCGGCUCGCGCGCUGGCUCCAGCUCCUCGCCGCCAAGGGCGUCCAGGACCUCGCCCUCGUCAACCGCCCCUGGCCGCGCGACGUGCCCCUCCCGGCCACGCUCUUCGCCGUCACCACCCUCACCCGCCUCUACGUCGGCAUGUGGACGUUGCCCGGCACGGCCGCCCUGCGUGGCGCCUCCUUUCCCCACCUCCGCGAGCUCGGCCUGGGCUGCGUCGAAAUGGAGCAGGGCGUGGUCGACUCCCUCGUCGCCAGGAGCCCCGUCCUCGAGGUCCUCAACAUCCUGGGAUGCAAGGCGGUGCGUCUCCGCCUCGUCAGCCAGAGCCUGCGGUGCGUGCAGAUCAGCUGGUCGAGAAUGGAGGACGUCGCCGUGGUAAAGGCUCCCCUCCUCGAGCGGCUCAUCCUGUUUAGACCUUGCAAAAUCGCUGGUGGCAUGUCCACGAGACUCAGGAUUGGCGAUGCCCCCAAGCUGCACGCAUUUGGGUACUUGGAGCCAUGACAGGUCCUCAAGGUCCGAGACACCAUCAUCAUGCCAGGAAUAGCAAGCGCAAGUACCGUCGUGAAAAGCGUGAAGAUUCUGAGCUUGAAUGUGUGUUUCGGAGUUUGCAGUGAUGUCCAGAUGGUGCCCACCUUCCUCAGAUGCUUUCCCAACGCCAAGAGACUGCAUAUCAUGAGUAAAAGAUGCACUGAACCCACUGGCAACUACCUCACACUCCAGUUCUGGGAAGAGUCUGACCCCGAAGAAAACCUCGUCUCGCGCAUCACCGUGAUGAGUUUCCGUGAGUUCACGGGGGACCCCGGCGAGGUCGGCUUCCUCGAGUUCUUCUUCCGGAGCGCGCGGGCGCUGGAGACCGCGUCCGUUUCCAUGGCCAACCCAAGCUUCACGCCGUUCUCGACGCAGGAGGCGUAUGCCAAAGUGAAACGCAGCUCGAGGAUCAUGGCAAGUGAGUCCAACAUGGUUGUCCUUGGGAGCACCGGCCCUGCAGGUGGUAAGAUGUGGAGCUUGAAAGACGGGGCCGAUUUUUCGUUCCAUGACCCCUUCUCCGAAGUGGAGGUGGUCGGCUGAGCUUCAGUUUCUGUGGAGAAGUGGUGUGACUGUUUUCUGAUGCAAAACUAUGUGUGUUGCUAGUCGUGCCCUUUGUGACGGUCUGACAAAUUUGAGGCUUGAUGUAAACUAGUAUGCAGCAAGACUGAUGAGCUGAUACUUUGCUUGACCUGUGUUGCCAGUUUCCCA